AUGGAUGGCAGAAAAGAGGAUGAAUCCGGAAAGAUCAUUGGGCGAAACAUCAAUAUAGCAGUCCCAGGUAUUCGUAAACUUCCUGAAAAAAGGGACAAAGUUUGCGUUGCUUGUAGUAGGAAGGAUGGUGGCCCUGUGCGAAGAUCACUCACAAUUUGUAAUCAUUAUAAUAAAGGGUUACACAGCGUAUGCAUCAUUUGGUGUUUCCCAAACCUUAGCAAAUUCGUCAAAUUGGCCCGGUAUUUCUCGCAUAGGUACGAUACUUUCGCCACCUGUUGCUCGAGACCUGCUGUGUCUCGAAGCGAGAGCAGAAACCGACGCAAUUCAAUCUCUUAAAUUAAGUCAAAUGUAUUUCUUGAUUGUUCCAACUUCACGUACUCUUACAGUUCCUACUUGCGUCCAGUAUUCGCGAGUUGUUAGUUCUUGUAUCCCGUGCUCUUACACGGCUCCUAUCCUUCAGCAACACAGACACAGCUGCACAGCACUCUCAAUUGCGCGCUCGAGCAAUCCGAUAGAUGUCACGAGCACGACGCGAAGGCAGGAAGUAUCAAUUACGUAA